UAGUACAGCGGUACAGCACGUACCCCGUGGCAGUAAUAGGUAUAAUAUAAUAAUAUUAUACCUAUUAGUAUUAUUGUUUUUAGUGUAGUCCAAUGUCCGGACUAGUGAGUUCGCAGUCUACUCUCUCCCUACAAUUCAACGUUUGACUUUGAGAGAUAAUAUUAAUCAUUGACUAUAGAUUAUAUUAAAAUUUGUAUGUGCAGUUCGUAGAGGUUACAGACCUAAGAAGUGACUCUUUUUCUUGAAAUAUUACAAUUUCUCACGAUCUAAUAAACGUUUAUAACUUAUAUACGUAGCCAUUAUUAUAAAAUCUUCAAAAUGGCAUUUUUUUUGAGAUCGUCAGUGUCUAAAUCAAAAUUGGUUUUUUCACUAUCAAAAAUUAGAACACCAGUAACUUCAAUGAAGCUGUCCACAUGUAACUUGGAGUACAUAAUUACUGAAAAGGCUGGCGAGAAAAAAAAUAUUGGGCUUGUCAAACUUAAUAGACCUAAAGCUUUGAAUGCUUUAUGUGAUGGUUUGGUCACAGAACUGACUGAAGCCGUAUCUGCAUAUGAUGCAGAUGAUUCAAUUGGAGCUAUUGUUGUUACUGGUAGUGAACGUGCAUUUGCGGCUGGUGCUGAUAUCAAGGAAAUGCUUGACAAGACUUAUUCAACUAACCUAAAAAUUGGUUUACUCAAACAAUGGGACAAUCUGAGUAAAUGCAAGAAACCAAUUAUUGCUGCAGUAAAUGGUUUUGCUCUAGGUGGUGGAUGUGAAUUAGCAAUGAUGUGCGACAUAAUCUAUGCUGGAGAAAAAGCUAAAUUUGGCCAACCCGAGAUUGUGAUUGGAACUAUUCCUGGAGCUGGUGGUACUCAGCGUAUGAUACGUUCUUGUGGUAAAAGCUUUGCAAUGGAAGUAUGUUUAUCUGGAAACCAGAUUUCUGCUCAAGAAGCCUUAUCUAGAGGAUUAGUUAGUAAGGUGUUCCCACCAGAAAAGUUAGUAGACGAAGCAAUUAAAUUAGCUGAAAAAAUAAGUGAACACUCACCUUUAAUUGUUGCAUUAUGUAAAGAAUCUGUAAAUUAUGCAUAUGAAUCAAGUUUAAGCCAAGGCUUGCAAUUUGAGAAGAAAUCAUUCUAUGGAACUUUCGCAACAGAUGACCGGAAGGAAGGAAUGACUGCAUUCAUUGAAAAAAGGAAACCAAACUUUUCUAAUAAUUAAUAUUAAAAGUAAUUCCAUUGUAUAGUAUUCUGUCCAUUGUUUUUACAUUUAAAUUUUAAUAAACCUCUUCAUUUUUUAUACAAAAUAUAUUUAUUAUCUUUGUUCAAUUUUUGCAUUAAACAAUUACUACUGAACAUAAAAAAGAAUAAAACUGGAUGUUAUUUGUGAAAAA